CAGCAUUGUUGUUAGUAUAUAAAUCCCUCGCCGCGAAGAAGAAGGUGGCUUUCCUGAAAGCCCAGCGUUAAGGAGAGACUGGACUUUCGUCAACAAGCGCUCGGAAUGGCGACUUCAAAUGUUGUACCCAAAAUAUAUAGUGGCGUGAUCGAAGAAGUGAUCAAGAAUGUGCGAGACAGUUUCUUGAACGAAGGGGUCGAUGAACAAGUCCUUCAAGAAUUAAAACAGAUUUGGGAAAGUAAGCUCCUUCAGUCGAGAGCUGUAGAUUGGAUGCCAGCAGAGGGUCACCAGGUGACCAGACCACACCAGUACACUUACCCUCAUGGUCCACCUAUUAACCGGCAAGUUCAGGAACCUAGAGAAGUAAAUAUUGCUCCUGCAGCUGUAACUGUACCUGAAGCUGCAACUCCCCAGCAAGCAGCCAGUGGACACACAGCUAUAUUGUACCCAUCAACUCAUGCUCAUGCACUUAGUCAAAUGACAGCUGCAGCUUCAGCAGCAACAAUGGCCAUUCCUGAAAACCUGUCCCAAAUUCAGCAAGGUAGUACAUAUGUAUAUCCCACCGUGAGGACAAUACACUCAACACCACAAGUUGGAAACCUUCAACAGCAAGUUAUAAAUGCUACACAACCUCGCACAAUUACUGGAACUCAACAAGUCAUUCAUGCACAACCCCAAACUGCAAUUGUCCAUGGCGCUCAGACAUCUGCAGCCAGAGUCCCACAGCAGGUUAUCCAAAUGGCUCAGUUACCGACAGGAAAUAAACAUCCUUCAGGGGUACCAGUCAUUCAAGUUGAUGGGGCUAAUGAUAGUGACAGUGAUGAUGAUGACGACGAUGAUGAUGAUGACGACGACGAAGACAAAAAAGACAAAUCUCAAGAUGGAGGAGAAGAAGGAGCUGAAUUAGAAGACGAGGAUCCUCUUAAUUCAGAUGAUGACGUGUCUGAUGAUGAUCCUACGGACUUGUUUGACACAGAUAACGUUGUCGUGUGUCAGUUUGAUAAGAUUGCGCGCUCGCGAAACAAGUGGAAGUUCCACCUGAAAGACGGAAUUAUGAAUCUGAAAGGAAAGGACUACGUGUUCCAAAAGGCAAAUGGUGAAGCAGAAUGGUAGCCUAUAUGAUGGGCGUUAGUUAUCAUUAAUUGUUAAAAAAGAUCAAAAGUGUAAAAAUAGAAGAGGAAAAUUUUUAAGAGAUUCCAAUAACAUGAAAACUCGUUCAAUCAUUUCUGUUCCAUUUGACAUCUGAAUUGAUGGCUCGUUUACAUUGUCGUCUGAACGUGUGUGAGUGGAAAUUAUGCAAACAUUAUGAAUUUGUGUUUUGUUCAUGUUCUUGUACACUUAGUCUACACUACUCAAUUGUUAAAGGACGCCUGCUGCUUAAGAUCUCCGUGCUGUUUGGAUUUUCGCAGCAAACAAAAGUAAAAGCUUAUUCUUAAGAGGAGAAUCGUUAUUUGUAAAAAUUGUAACGUCAUCAUAUCGAUAUCUUUGAGACAGCGAGAAAAAUCACCGCCAUUGUGAAAGAAACUAUCAAAUAUUGAUUCGGUGAGAAAGAAAAACACCUGCAUGGAAAAGAAAAUAGUCCAAAAAGAAACGAGAAAGUUAAGGAUGGAGACGAUUUACUUGGACUGUGGAUGACGACUUUGACAAACUUGGGCUUGAGCGAGUGAGAGGUCACAGGAAGAGAAAGAGCCUGUGAAGGAGGAUGGAGGAAUUUAGGAUACUAGAGACUAGUUUUAAAAUGUCCCUAACCAUGAUUUAAAGUCAUCGUUAUAAAAAAGAUAUGUCUAUAGAUAUGUGUAGUUAAACAAAAAUAAAUGAUGAAUAAUAGAG